CACUUCUUUCAACUUCUUUUUUUUUUUUUGGGUUUUAAUUCCAAGAGAGCUGCUUCUUCUUCUUCUUCUUCUUCUCUCUCGAGCCACGCGCAUCUUUCGCAUGCCAUCCCUCUCCUGUAGUUACAUCGACUUUUGUGUGCUACCUUGAAGAAACCGCCGCGUCUUAACAAUGACGGUGUUUUCCGGCAGCAGACAGGUGGUUCCCGUCGAUUACGAGGCCGAAGUUUCUCAGCGUCUGCUCGAAGCUUCUUUAACCGGCGAUCUGAGGUCAGCUCUCGAAUGCAUCGCCGAUCCGUUCGUCGACGUCAACUUCGUCGGCGCUGUCUGCUUGAAAACCAGGAAGGCAGAAGUCGUUUUGAGAGAAGAAUCGGCGAGUGAGGUCCGCGUCGAAUAUGAGGAGUUUAAGACUGACGUCACCGCUCUUUUCCUCGCUGUUCAUGUUGGAAAUGUCUCUCUCGUAAAGAAACUAUUGAGCGUAGGUGCUGAUGUGAAUCAGAAACUCUUCAAGGGCUUUGCAACAACAGUAGCAGUCAGAGAGGGUUAUCUUGAGAUUCUGAAAAUCUUGCUUAAAGCUGGGGCGUCUCAACCGGCUUGCGAAGAGGCUCUUCUAGAGGCAAGCUGCCAUGGGCAAGCAAGGCUUGCCGAACUGCUCAUGGGGUCUGAUUUAAUUCGGCCGCAUGUUGCUAUUCAUGCUCUCGUCACCGCCUGCUGCAGGGGAUUUGUGGAAGUCGUGGACGCCCUAAUGAAGUGUGGUGUUGAUGCAACUGCAAGUCAUAGGGAGCUGCUUCGGUCGUCUAAACCUUCUUUAUACACAAACGUUGACUGCACUGCACUUGUUGCUGCUGUGGUUAGUCGGCAGGUCUCUGUUGUCCGCUUGCUUCUACAGUCUGGGGGCCCAACUGAUAUUAAAGUAAGUCUUGGAGCGUGGUCAUGGGACACUACUACUGGGGAAGAGUUUCGAGUAGGUGCAGGACUGGCUGAGCCCUAUGCUAUCAGUUGGUGCGCGGUAGAAUAUUUUGAAGGUAGUGGUGCCAUCUUGCGGAUGCUACUUCAGCACCACCCCCUUGAGACACCUCACUAUGGAAGAACCCUCCUGCACCAUGCGGUCCUAUGUGGCAGUACAGGAGCUGUCAAAGUGCUCUUGAGCUGUGGUGCAAAUGUAGAAUGCCCAGUUAAAACCAUGAAAACUGAGUUCCGGCCAAUACACAUGGCAACUCGUCUUGGCUUGUCGGCAACCCUUCAAUCACUCAUUGAUUCCGGUUGUGAUCUAAACUCCAAGACAGACUCUGGUGACACAGCUUUGAUGAUUUGCGCAAAGUACAAACAUGAAGAAUGUCUGAGAGUGUUGACUGGGGCUGGUGCUGACUUUGGCUUAGUUAACAUCUCUGGUCAGUCUGCUAGCUCGAUUGCUGGUUCAAACCAGUGGUCCCGCGGUUUUCAGCAAGCAGUGCUGGAUGCAAUCAAGGUUGGAAGGAUUCCGAAGUCGAGCAAUGUAUCGGUUUUCUCUCCCUUGAUGAUUGUUGCCGAAACUGGUGACGUUGAGGCUCUAAAAGCUGUGAUUGGAAGUGGACAAUUUAAUCUUGAUCAUCAGAAUGAGAAUGGUUUCUCAGCAGUCAUGGUUGCUGCCUUAAAAGGUCAUGUUGAAGCUUUCCGGCUGCUAGUUUAUGCGGGAGCUGAUGUUAAGCUGUUAAAUAAAUCUGGUGAGACAGCAAUUACAUUGUCUGAACUGAACCAGAACCGUGACCUGUUUGAGAAAGUGAUGCUCGAAUUGGCACUCGAAAAAGGCAACCGCAAUGCUGGAGGAUUUUAUGCUUUGCAUUGCGCAGCACGCUAUGGAGACCUGGAUGCUGUGACAUUGUUGACGAGAAGGGGCUAUGAUGUAAACGUCCCCGAUGGGGAUGGAUACACUCCACUCAUGUUAGCAGCAAGGGAAGGUCAUGGUCCAAUGUGUGAGCUCUUAAUCUCACAUGGGGCAAAUUGUGAUUUCAAGAAUGCUAAAGGGGAGACUGCGCUCUCUCUUGCUCGAAAAACUGUCAUCUUGAAAGACGGCGCUGAACAUGUGAUUCUAAACGAGCUCGCUCGCAACCUUGUUGUCAGGGGUGCCCGUAUCCUGAAGCAUACAAAGGGAGGAAAGGGAAAUCCUCACUCGAAAGACAUGAAAAUGGUGCAGAGUUCCGGACUGCUGCAUUGGGGGAAAUCAAGUCGAAGAAAUGUUAUAUGCAGAGAGGCAGAAUUGGGACCAAGUGCAGCCUUUGAGAAGAACCGGCAGAGCAAGGGUGAUGCUAACAAACCCGGCGUAUUUCGAGUGGUGACUACCAAGAACAAAGAGGUUCAUUUCAUGUGCGAAGGCGGGUCCGAAAUGGCAGAGCUAUGGGUGAGAGGAAUAAAGCUUAUAACAAGAGAGGCUAUUUUUGGUAGCCAGAAAGAAAAAUAGGUAAAAAUGAGUUAGAAAGUGUACUGUAUAGAUACUGGGGAGUAUGAUAUGGUGGUGGUAGUUAGAAUUUAUGGUAUUUCGCUGUAAAGGUUUUGAUCUGCCGUAGUUAGUAACUGCUUUGUCAUCUGAAGAUGACCAAAGUCAAAACUCUAUUUGCCAUCAUCUUCACAUAAAUCUGCGGAGCAUAUUUCAUUA